GCAGCGCGGGACCCGCCCCCCGCGCUCGGCGGGUGCGUCGGCCGCCCCGGCGCGGCUGUUAUGGAAACCGGCCGGGCGCGCAGGAGGCGAUAAUGGGGCGGCCAUGGCCCGGGCCGGCAGCUCCAGCGGCGACGCGGCCGCGGGGGAGCGGGCCGGGGGCGCGGGGCGGCCGGAGCCGUGGGAGCUGUCCCUGGAGGAGGUGCUGAAGGCAUACGAACAGCCCAUCAACGAAGAGCAGGCGUGGGCCGUGUGCUUCCAGGGCUGCCGCGGGCUGCGGGGCGCGCCGGGCGGCGGGCGGCGCAUCCGGGACACGGCCGACAUCCUCCUGCGCCGGGACGGCUCGGUCAGCGCGCGGCGGGAGCCAGGGGCCGCGGAGUCCACAACGAUGGUGUUGUCACCAGCCAGCUCAGAAGCCCAGAUGGUGCAGUCCCUGGGCUUUGCCAUUUACCGCGCGCUGGACUGGGGCCUGGACGACAGCCAGGAGCGAGAGCUGAGCCCACAGCUGGAGCGGCUCAUCGACCUCAUGGCCAACAACGACUGUGAGGACGGCGGCUGCGGGGCUGCGGAUGAAGGCUACGGGGGCCCGGAGGAGGAAGAGGAGGCGGAGGGCGGCCCCCGCGCCGUGCGCACCUUCGCCCAGGCCAUGCGGCUCUGUGCGGCGCGCCUGACGGACCCCCGGGGCGCCCAGGCGCACUACCAGGCCGUGUGCCGCGCCCUCUUCGUGGAGACGCUGGAGCUGCGGGCCUUCCUGGCCAGGGUCCGGGAGGCCAAGGAGAUGCUGCAGAAGCUUCGGGACGAUGAACUGCAGGUAGAGAAGCCUCUGGCGGAGCUUGACAACCUGGGACACACAGACUGGGCCCGGCUGUGGGUCCAGCUCAUGCGGGAGCUCCGCCAUGGAGUGAAGCUUAAGAAGGUGCAGGAGCGAGAGUUCAACCCCUUGCCCACCGAGUUCCAGCUCACCCCCUUCGAGAUGUUGAUGCAGGACAUCCGCGCCAGGAACUAUAAGCUGCGCAAGGUCAUGGUCGACGGAGAUAUCCCUCCCAGGGUGAAGAAGGAUGCCCAUGAACUCAUCCUGGACUUCAUCCGCUCCCGGCCUCCGCUGAAACAGGUCUCAGAGAGAAGGCUUCGCCCCUUACCCCAAAAGCAGAGGACCCUGCAUGAGAAGAUCCUGGAGGAGAUCAAGCAGGAGAGGAGGCUGCGCCCGGUGGGGGCCGAGCGCUGGCGUGGCCGGGGUGAGCAUAUGAAGAUGCCUUCUAAGAAGUUUGCACACAUUCCUGUCUACACGCUGGGCUUUGAGAGUCCUCGGAGGGUGUCAGCUACCAGAACCACGCCGACCCAGAGAAGAGAUGCCUUCCAAUCCCUGCAGGGGCCCCAGUGGCCGAGUGUGGAGGAGGCAUUCCCACACAUCUACACCCACGGCUCUGUCCUCAAGGACGUCUGCAGUGACUGCACCAGCUUCGUGGCAGACGUAGUGCGCUCCAGCCGCAAGAGUGUGGAUGCCCUCAACGCCACGCCUCGCCGCACCCGCCAGACCCAGUCCCUGUACAUCCCUAACACCUGGACUCUCAACUUCAAGUGAUGGCUCUCGGCCUUCCUGCGACAUCUAGCCAGAGGCUUUUCAAGGUGGCCAGACCUCUGAGGAGGAGCCAGGCUAGUCCUGGACCUGGCUGAGAAACUCCCUAUCCUGAGGCACAGCUGCUGGCCUGCCCUCCUAAGUGUGCAUGUACAUAUAUACAUAUAUAGAUACAUUUAUACGAUAUAUACACACAGCCUAUAUAUUUAUAUACAUCUGUCCUGGCCCUAGAGUGUAUUUGGGGUCAGGCUCACUGCAGGACCCUCCCUGGGGGAGGCUGUUUCCUGUUGGGAGACCUUGGGUGGGAUGGGAGUGGGUUUUCUCACUCGGGAAGGGCAUGUUGGAGAUACAACAGUGGAUUCCAGAUGAUGGGGCUCUGGAGAGACCCCCACCCCUGUUUUUGUUCUUUCCUCCAUCCCAAGGAUGAGAACACGGCAGCUUCCCCUCCCUGGGUAGAUGUCCAGGUUGGGACAGGACACCGUGGUUCCCGGGUAGACGGGAGCAUCCUGCUGGCCUCUGCACUCUGAGCAGGAACCCGGGCAGCAGAGCCACUGGGGAAGACCGUGAGUGGGCUGAUCUUCUCCUGGUGGGUAUCACGCCCUUCCACUUGGAAGGCCCAAGGCCAAGCUCACUCCUUGCUCCCUGCCCAGCAUCCACGCCCCAGCCAGUAUGCCACAUGGCUGGUGUUGCCAUCCGCACAGACUCAGAGGUCCAGAGAUGGUGCUGGUUCCAGGGCCCUGGCGAUGCUGGGGGUCCCGGUACAGGGAGGAACUCUGUAAAUUUGUACACGAGGCCAUUCUUGGCCUAAUAAAGGUGGUCUCACAGU